ACAAAAGUGUGUGAAGUUCACACCGACUUGUCAUCAGAUGGUUCAGUCCGAGGAUGGCCGCUGCUGUCGGUGUAAAUAAACAGACGAGCGCAGCAGCGAUGGAGCCUUGUGUGAGACACGGCCGCAGUACAACCGUUAAUGCGGUGAAGGUGUUGGAGUGUGGUGUUUGCGAGGAUGUGUUUUCACUGCAAGGUGACAAGGUGCCGCGUCUGCUGCUGUGUGGACACACGGUGUGUCACGACUGCUUGACCCGUCUGCCUCUUCACGGCAGGGCAGUGCGGUGUCCCUUUGACCGACAGGCCACGGAGCUGGGAGACUCGGGUGUGUGGGGCCUGAAGAAGAACUUUGCUCUGCUAGAACUGCUUGAACGGCUGCAGAAUGGGGCCAGCAGUCAGUCGGGCAUGUCUGAGGAUGUGCUUCGAGAGAUGGGAGAGUGCAUAAUCCGCUGUGAUGAGGAUGAGACUCACACUGCUUCCAUGUACUGCACGGUUUGUGCCACACAUCUGUGUGCGGAGUGCUCCCAGCUCACCCACUCCACCCGGACACUGGCCAAACACCGGCGUGUGCCGCUGGCAGACAAGCCCCAUGAGAAGAUGCUCUGUCCACAGCACCAGGUGCAUGCCAUUGAGUUUGUGUGCCUGGAGGACGGCUGCCAGCCGGGGCCGCUCAUGUGCUGCGUGUGCAAGGAGUACGGGAAGCACCAAGGACACAAGCAUGCUGUGCUGGAGGCUGAAGCCAACCAGAUCCGAGCAUCUAUUCUGGACAUGGCACACUGCAUCCGUACAUUCACAGAGGAAGUGUCGGAGUACUCCAGGAAACUAGUGGGCAUCGUGCAGCAGAUCGAAGGAGGAGAGCAGAUCGUGGAGGACAGCAUGGGCAUGGCUCACACUGAACAUGUACCAGGAGCUGCCGAAAGCGCCCGGUCUUGCGUUCGUGCCUAUUUUGCGGAUCUCCACGAGACGCUGUGCCGUCAGGAGGAGAUGGCUCUGAGCGUGGUGGACGCACACGUCCGAGAGAGGCUGAUCUGGCUUCGACAGCAGCAGGAGGACAUGACCAUACUGCUGUCCCAGGUGUCCACUGCCUGCCUGCACUGCGAGAAAACCCUGCAGCAGGAUGAUUGCAGGGUGGUUUUGGCGAAACAGGAGAUCAACCGGUUACUAGAAACACUGCAGAAACAGCAGCAGCAGUUCACAGAGCUGGCCGACCACAUUCAGCUGGACGCAGGCAUCCCUGUUACCUUCACUAAGGACAACCGUGUGCACAUUGGUCCAAAAAUGGAGAUCCGGGUUGUGACUUUGGGGUUAGAUGGAGCUGGCAAAACUACUAUUCUCUUCAAACUGAAGCAAGAUGAGUUUAUGCAGCCCAUACCGACCAUAGGUUUUAACGUGGAAACUGUGGAGUACAAAAACCUGAAAUUCACCAUUUGGGAUGUUGGUGGCAAACACAAACUCCGUCCCCUGUGGAAACACUACUAUCUGAACACACAAGCGGUGGUGUUUGUGAUUGACAGCUGUCACAGAGACCGGCUGAUGGAGGCUCACAGUGAACUGGCCAAACUGCUGACGGAGAAAGAGCUCCGAGAUGCUCUGCUGCUCAUCUUCGCCAACAAACAGGACGUUCCCGGCGCGGUGUCUGUGGAGGAGAUGACGGAGCUCCUGAGCUUACACAAACUGUGCUGCGGCCGCAGCUGGCACAUCCAGGGCUGUGACGCCCGCAGCGGCAUGGGUCUACACGAGGGGUUAGACUGGCUCUCACGCCAGCUGGUGGCUGCAGGAGUGCUGGAUGUGGCCUGAGGGACGCUUAACCACACUUAAUAGACUUAUGACUUAACUAAAGCUGGACCAUGCCAUUUGCACAGUCACCCUGCUCCUGUUUACCCACAGUACCACGUCAUACCAUCAUACAUUAGUAGACUGGCUGCUGUGUGCGCUCAUGGCUCAGUGGUGUACAUAAGUGGAGCUUAAAUAGGAGGGAUUGAAGCGAGGACUCCAGGUUAAAUACAAGGCAACAUGCUGCCGGUUCCCAUCAAGCAUCAUUUCAACUCCGCUCUGGCAGUUGCUUUGGUUGCCCUGUAGACAUGCUUUUUGUUGGAUAGUCCCUGCUUGGGCCCCUAUCACAGAGAUUGUAAUCAAAAACUUUUGCAGAUGCUGUUCAUUAAUGUGUAUUUAACCUGGACUGUUCCUUUAAAAACAAGUUGAUGGACAUUACAAACUAAACUCUGUCAAAACAGUCAAAUUUGCUGAAAAUGUACUCGCUCUCAAGCCAUCAAGAUGUAAAUGAGUUUGUUUAUUCGUGGAAGCAGACUUACAGUAGUGUAGCAUUACAUCACUUGUUCACCAGAGGAUCCUCUGCAGUGAAUGGGUGCCGUCAGAAUGAGUCCAAACAGCUGAUAAAGACAUCACAAUAAUCCACUCCAGUCCAUCAGUUAACAUGUUGUGAAGCAGAAAGCUGUGUGUUUGUCAUCAAAAUCCACUGAUGUAUGUUUACAGCUGUUACGGCUUGUUUUUGAUCUGUGCAUAUUUCUUUCCUGAUUCAGACAAUACCUCAGGUUUCACUGGAGGAAGUGAUAUAAAUUAGUUUUUGCAAACAGAUUUUUGCUUCAUAAGACAUUAACUGAUGGACUGGAGUGGAUUAUUGUGAUGUUUUUAUCAGCCUUUUGGACUCAUUCUGACGGCACCCAUUCACUGCAGAGCAUCCAUUGGUGAGCAAAUGAUGCAAUGCUACAUUCCCCAAAUCUGUUCAGAUGAAGAAACAAACUCCUCUACAUCUUGAGUACAUUUUCAGCAUUUAUUUUCUUCACUUUUGAACUAUUCCUUUAACAUGUAGUUUAUGAUGCUCACUUUACUCAUUUUGAUCAUUUGUGUAAUAGUGACUAAUGCCUAGAGAUAUUUUGCACAUAUAUAGUAGAUGUGCUUAAGCAAAAUAUAGUGGUCAUUUCUGUACAGACACCCUCAUGAAAUCCCAAUAGUGUUGUGUGCAAACAGCACAAGGUUUAGAUAGAUCUAUUAAAUGUUUAAUCAUAGGAAAAGCCCCUGAGGAAAGGAGAAAACUAGGCAUCAGUGACCAGAUUUACAGUUUCUGCAAUGUGAAGUGUCUGUUCAUGUGUCAGAUUAGCUACUGAAAUAGUGAGAAAAAACGUGAUCACAUUCCAAUGCCAUUGUUCUAAAGUUACAUGAAAGUAGUGGGGUGAAGUUCACAAAAUCUGAUAACAUGAAUAGGUCAUGCUUUCCUUUAAUAUAUCAAAGAAAAAAAAAUUAUAUAUUGGCAUUAAGAAACCUGUUUUAGGAGCAUUAAAAAUUUUCUUUACAAUCAAGCACAUCUUACCCUCAUAUUCUCAUUAACGUAAUGUAAAAAAAACCUAAAUCUCAUUAAUGUGAAAUGCUACACAUGGUAGGAUUGGCUUUUAUGGAUUCAUGUUAAAAUAAAUCGUAGUACAGUAGUGAAAAUUAUAACUGGGAAGAAAUUUCGACACAAUUUUAUGGAGUAUAAUGUGCUUCAUUGUUAUGAAAAUUACGAGAGCUAAAUCUUUGUAAAGGUUGAAAAAUAAGCAGUAUAGGUUUUUUUUUCUUUUUUUUUUCAGUUAUGCAAAUUUAAAUUGAUUUUGGGGGGAAAUGUGACUCGCAUGCAUUUUUGUGAGAUUCACCCAAAAGCAUACCAUUAUUAUUAUUUUUUUUUUAUGGCUAUUGUGACUCUUUGGCUUUGAAUGAGCCUAGACAUAUUUAUUGAAAUGUACAUUGUGGUCUUAAGACUGGUGCAUGGUUGUAGGUGUAUUUUCACCAUGUUAGGAGAGAUGGACGUGUCUGUGGCAAAAAAUAAUGUUACUGAUAUUUAUAUUUUAGGAUUGUAGUUGUCAUAAAAUGUACAAACUCGCUCCCAGUUCAUUUGUCCACUGCUUAUUAAUAUCUGGCUAUAUCUCAUUUGUAGAUCAAGUAUUUCUUCGCAUCUUAACUACAGCAAGAACCGUUACAUUAUAUGAAUAUUGGUUCAUCGGUGAACUUCAGCUAUAACACAGAUGUGGCUGUAUGUAAACGCUCCAUUAUUUGACAGAUUAUCCGCAUUAGUCGGUUUUAGGAACCAUCCUUUGGUUUGAAACAGUGAUCCUCAUUGCUAUGUGAUGUUGCCUAACUGUAUUUAGAUGAAACGCAUGUGUGAAGCCUUUCCUGGUCCCCUUCGCAGGAGGAUCUGAAGUUGUGAAAGGCUUUGUCGUCAAUGUGAGUUUUGAAGCCUCUCAAGAAGCACAGUGCACACAUUUGUUGUUGAUUUGAUGACGGCUUUUUGUAUAACCAUUCAUAAUGUUAUGCUAUUAAAAACAAUGCUGAAAACA